GCUGCCUGCUGUUACUCAGGAAGAUCAUGAAACGAGGUCGACUUCCCAGCAGCAGUGAAGAUUCUGAUGACAAUGGCAGCUUAUCAACCUGGUCUCAGCAUUCUAGAUCUCAGCCUCAGAGGAGUUCAUGCUCUAAGAAUAAAGACAGAAAACCAUCAGAGCUGGCACCCAGCAACCUUUCUUCUGGCCAGGAGAUCAGGGAGCUCAACUGCUGCCACAGUCCCUGCCAGCAUCAAGUGUUUAGAACAGACCUGAUCACUGCUAUGAAGCUGCCUGAUUCUUCCCAGCUGAAUCCUGAUGAGUAUUAUGUGCUGGCAGAUCCCUGGAGACAAGAAUGGGAGAAAGGUGUUCAGGUGCCAGUCAGUCCAGGGACUGUACCAGAACCAGUAGCCAGGAUUGUGUCUGAAACAAAAGCUGUUGUAUUUUCAAGACCUCGGAAAUAUAUCCUGUCUUCAGGCUCUGAGCCCCCUGAACUUGGAUAUGUUGACAUUCGAACGUUGGCAGAGAGUGUAUGCCGCUAUGACCUUAACUACAUGGAUGUAGCAUGGCUGGAACUGGCCAAUGAAGAAUUCAAAGAGAUGGGGAUGCCUGAACUAGAUGAAUACACCAUGGAGAGGAUCAUGGAAGAAUUUGAGCAACGGUGUUACGACAAUAUGAAUCAUGCUAUCGAGACUGAGGAAGGUCUUGGCAUCGAGUAUGAUGAGGAUGUUGUCUGUGACGUUUGCCAGUCUCCUGAUGGUGAAGAUGGCAAUGAAAUGGUGUUCUGUGACAAAUGCAAUAUUUGUGUUCAUCAGGCAUGUUAUGGCAUCCUAAAAGUUCCUGAAGGCAGCUGGUUAUGCCGAACCUGUGCUCUUGGUGUCCAGCCAAAAUGCUUGUUGUGUCCCAAGAAAGGUGGAGCCAUGAAACCAACUCGAAGUGGGACCAAGUGGGUCCAUGUUAGUUGUGCCCUCUGGAUCCCAGAGGUGAGCAUUGGUAGCCCAGAAAAGAUGGAACCCAUUACAAAGGUCUCUCAUAUUCCCAGCAGCAGGUGGGCCCUGGUAUGCAGUCUUUGUAAUGAGAAGAUUGGGGCAUCCAUACAGUGUUCAGUAAAAAACUGCCGCACAGCCUUUCAUGUCACUUGUGCAUUUGACCGUGGUUUGGAGAUGAAGACUAUUCUGGCUGACAACGAUGAAGUCAAAUUCAAAUCCUAUUGUCUGAAGCACAGUUCUACUAAGAAGUUGGAUGAGGAAAUCCUCAAUGAAUUAACUGGCCAAGAAAAUGAGAAUGGGGCACAUGAUCAUGCUCUGGGUCAUUUAGAAUCCUAUGAUAGCAUAGCUCAAAAUCAGGAGGAAGCUCAUCGAGUCAGUAUUCGAAAGCAGAAACUCCAGCAACUGGAGGAUGGGUUUUAUGCCUUCGUUAAUGCUUCAGAAGUGGCUAAGGCUCUGCAACUUCCAGAGGACUCUGUAGAAUUCCUGUAUCAGUAUUGGAAAUUGAAGAGAAAAUCAAACUUCAACAAACCUUUGAUCACCCCAAAGAAAGAUGAAGAGGACAAUCUUGCCAAACGGGAACAGGAUGUUCUGUUCAGGCGACUACAGCUUUUCACUCACCUCCGGCAAGAUUUGGAGAGGGUACGGAACCUCACUUACAUGGUGACCCGACGGGAAAAAAUUAAAAGAUCUGUUUGCAAAGUCCAGGAACAGAUAUUUAAUCUUUAUACAAAUCUUGUAGAACAUGAAAGAGCUUCAGGUAUGCCUUCCUCUUUCUCCUCGAUGGAAAAUUUGGUGCUCUUCAAUAGUUUGCCAUUGAACCCAGAUGCACCUAAGAUAGAAGAUUUGAAAUGGCAUUCGGCUUUCUUCCGAAAACAAAUGGGCAUGUCGUUGAAUCAUUCACUGAAAAAAACAGAGAAGAGAGAACAAAUGAGGAGAAAUUCUGGGCACAAUAACAAACCAUUACUGAAGCAGCCCAGCCAAAAGGAGGCGCUUGAUUCUUCUGUUAGCUUUUUCAGUUUUGAAAAAACCUUUGCAGAAGCACAAUUUGGAGCAGCACAACAGAAGAAUGGGAUUGUAACAGAAGAUCACAGGAAAAGAGACAAUCAUUCUCAUUGUGACACGAUAAAGGUAGGACUGAAGGAGAAACCUCCCAAACAUAACUACAAGCCCUUGAAGUCAAAUGAAUCAUUUCAGAGGCAGUUAGAAAAUAAAAGAGCUGUGAACCACCCAAGUGGCAGAUCAGCACCUGGAAUCCGGAGGGAUAUGGUGCCUAAAUGCAAUGGAUCCUUUUUCAGAAUAAAUUGUAACCCAACUCCAGUUAAAGUGCCUACAACACCCAGAAGCCCUGUGAAAAAUUGGGGAGGAUUCCGAAUUCCAAAGAAAGGAGAAAGGCAACAGCAGGGAGAGGGGCAGGAGGAAGCAUGUCGUCAAAACUCUAAUUUCUCUUACUCGGCCCUUGGACAAGUUUCCCCUAAAGAUAGGGCAAAAAACAAGUUAAAAGUGGACAGUGAGAAUGAUGGGUAUGCCCCGGAUGCAGAGAUGAGUGAUUCAGAAACUGAGAUGGCAGAGAAGAAAUGUAGGCUUGGAUCAAAUAGCACUCUCCCUAGAAGGACAGAUAUUAUUAGGAGAAGUAUUCUUGCCUCUUGACUGAAGAGUGAUACAGAACACAGCACUGGAAUCCAAGCCCCAGCCUGGAUAUAAAAAAAAGUAGCUACUCUGUUCUACUUAUUGAUGGGACAAAGAGAGUCUUAAAUUAUGACUACAAGAUCUACCAAGAAUAAAGACAUUUUCCCUGGGCUGUAGAAAGUUGUUUACGUGCACUUGAGUAUCCACCAUUCUCAUGACUGUGAGGUGUGAAUAUUCUUGCAAUUGUCUGAAAGAAAUCUGAGAAAAUAAUAUUGUUUUCCAAUUGAUUAAUAUGCUGAAUGCUCAUUUUAAAAAGAAGGAUACGUUAAUUGGAUUGUGUGGGUAGACCCUAGUUUAGGCAGAUAGCACUAAAGAAGUUUUUUCUUUCCCCGUCCCAGAAAAGCACAAGUUGUUGAUAUAUAAGAGAGUAAUGAAUUAAAUUUUGGUGCCCUGCUUAUCCUAAUCUACAUGAUCACUCUCCUCAGGCUGUGCUUGGAGUAAAUCCUAGUCUCGUCUUUUUUGCUGUAUUAGAAUUCAGGGGAAUUUUGGCAGCUGAAACGUUUGUUAACUCCAAAUGUUUUUAGACACACAAUUUAUCAAGCAGGUAAGAAUUUACUUGAUACCCUAAGAGAUAAAUCCAAGCUGCCCAGAAUAAACAUUGCAACUGCAGCAUAUAUACAGUGCUAUUCUGAAGGGAUCCAGACAAAGAAUUAAGGAAAAUUAUCUACUUUUUUCAAAUUAAGGGAAGAGGGGUAUCUAUGUCUUAAAGUACUUGAUCUCGUUUUGAAAGGAAGGUAGGUAGGUUUGUAAGCUUGCUGUAUUCUUGUAGCACCUGCCAUGUGAAAUAAAAGACAAUUCAAGUGAGAGAGACUUAAAUGUGUGUCUGGCAAAACAGGGUUGGCUGUCUUGUUUCUCCUCCUAUGCACUCACCCCCGAUAUACACUGCAAAUUAUAAACCUGUAAUGGGUGAGAAUUUUUAUAAUAGAAAAAUUCUUAGUCUUAUCAGACUUGGGAGAAGCAGUGGCAGACAAAUGAAGUUUGCCAUGAAGAUAUAUGACUGUAUUUCCAAAGGCAGUAGUCAUCAGCCUUUCUUUAUAUGCACUAAUAAUAUGUGUUGGGAUAUGCAAGUUUCUAACACAUAAGGGUUACUUUAAAUACAAAAAAAGGAUGUAAUAAAUAUAUAUGUAUAUUUUUUGAAUAAAAUGGUAAGGCAAUAAGAUGCGAGUAGUGCUUUACAUUCAAGCCAAUUUAACAAGACUUCAUGAUAUGAAUUAGAUUUGGCAAAAGAGUGUUUUGAUUACAUCAUUAAAAAACUGCAAUAAGUAGCGAGAAAAAGCCAUCAGCAAUAAUAAGUGAACAGAUUAUUUGCCUAUUUUGUGCACUCAGCAGAGUGCAUUUUUGAGACACGAAGGUAGUUUUAGAUGAUUACAACUUUUGGGACUCAACUUGGAUGUAAACAAUACCAGAGAUAAUGAGGAUACAAGAAAGGUAAGGAGCAGUAGGUAUUUUGUUUUGGCAACUCUCCUCUCAGUCCAUCAUCAUUAGUUUUUACUUAUUAUAUUUAAAAGAAAUGUUGGAACCUUGCAAUUUGACUCAAGUCUUCCAGAGCUUUCAACUGAAAACUAGAGUGCUACUGUUUCCUCUUGCUAUGCAAGUCACUGAUCAUCAAUAAUACAUUGUAUUUGAGGAGGUUUGCAAAGUAGUUUUUUUAUGGUCCUAAUUUUUGGUUAAAAAAAUAUAGCAUGUGAUCCCAUGAAUUCUAAAUUACUACCCUACCGAUUCUGUAAUUUGGGAACAUGUAUCAGAUCAUAUCCCCAUUGACUUCCAAAGUAGCAGUAAUAAUUCCAAGAAGACAAAAUUGAUUUGAAAAUAAGCUAGUUUUCCCCUCAUUUAUCUUUUGCAUCCACUUUCAGUAUCUAGCUUGGUGCUAAUCAUAGUUUAAUAUAUGUGUAAUCGCCUUCCAUUGAAAUAAAAAAUACAGACUUUGAAAGGCCAUUUUUUAACUUGGCCUAUCAAAUUCAAAUAUACCAGGAUGCUAUGGUUAGAACUGAAUGGGAAACUGAAAUGGGACUCAUGCAUGAACGAUGAGGAGGUUGUGAAAUAGACACAUUUCAUGAGAUCAUCAUUUUCUGAUCUUGGGCUCAUUGUGUAUAUAAUAGCUGUAGUUCCAGUGGUGGCUAUCGAUACACUGGACUUCCAAUGCUUUAACAUAACUUUAUAUAGGCAGGAAUUUUUUUUUUGCAGCUUGCUUCAUUGUCAAGAAAAUUAUUCAAAUUUAAAAGAAAGAACAUUAUUCCCCAUCCCUUCCUACAGAGAGCGCUGUAUUCUUAAGAGUAGUCCAUGCAUAGCCUUUGAGUCAAGAUGGAUAGAAUUAACAAACAGGUUAAGACUUUACAUUCUAAACAUUUUUAGAUGCCAUUGUAGAAAGCUACUGGAAAAUUAUACACACACACACACACACACACACACACACACACACACGUGUGUGUGUGUGUGUGUGUGUGUAUAGCUUUGUUCCUUUUGAUUGAACUACCCAUAUAUUACAGGUAUAUAGCAAGGUUUGCUGCUUUAAAAGCAGGCAUGUUCUUGUUAAAUAUAAGAGGAAUGUUAUUAAUUAAUUAUUCACUACAAUAAGUUUUUCAGGUGAGGUUUAAGUGAAAUAAUAUUGGUUAACCUGCCCAACAGGGAGUUUUUCAUCAAGCCAUAGAGGAAGUAAAUUUGAUGUUAAAUAAACAUUCAAUGUUAUGAUCAAUUUUGAAAGAGGUAUCAGAUUACAUUUGCACUAUUAGGAACGUUAGCAUUUGUGCAGAAAGAAUGCCUUAUCUGUUUCCCCCACCGUGUUUAGGUUAAUAAGCUUUCUGAUGUUUUGAUUAAUGCUGAACCAAAAAUUAAUAACAAAAGAAGAAAAAAUAGUGCGUUCCCCCUACCCACAUUUUCCAACUACAGAAGUAGGUAAAAAUCAGUAUGACCAGCUGUUUCAAACUAUAUUUAACACUCAGUACAUGAAAAUUUAUAAAUAAAACCAUAUUCUUUACUACCACUACAUUCAUUUCAUUGAUAAGAAAACAAUGGAAAUUUCUUGUUAGCAUCAUGUUUUACUUAUGCAGAUUGCCCAAGAAAUCUCUGAUUAUACUUGGUGUACUACAUUGAAAUAAAGGGUAAUAAACAUUUUAGUAAUGUUGACUGGAAUGCUGUCUGUUUGAUUCUGGACACCCACACACAUAUGUACCAGUCUAAACUAAUGAGAUAUAUGUCUUAUAUGUACAAAAUCUUGAUUAUUUUACGCAAAUUGGGUAAAAAAGAUCUUACUACAUUUGUAAAACCUUGUACAGAGGAUUUUUUCACUAUGUGCCUAGCUUUGAUGUCCAUUUUGCUCCAAUUUGAAAAUAGAUGCAUGAUGAUAAAACAAAUAGAAAUAAAGUAUAUGUAGAGAUGACUAUUUUAUAUUACAUGGCCCAAUCCUGUAUUUAUUUUCCUCCCUUUUCGAAGUAUUUAUAAAGACCUAGUUGAAGAUGGCUGUAUUUUUUGUUAAAAUAUUUAGUAGAAUUGUGCCUUUGUCUGUAUGUGAAUAAAUGCUGUACAUUUUGCAAUACA